AUGGGCUAUUCCCUUCAGUUCCCAGCAACCCUCUCCUAUAUCCUCAGUCCAGGAGCAAAGUCAGGCCAACGAGCUCACUACAGUGGAGUCUGGGUUUGUCUGAGAACUGGAUCUCCAGGAGACUCUCUCAGGAUUCAGUUCCCUUCAGUGAAGCCAAACUCUGUGGUCCUCAGCUGGGGAAACCCAAAGGGACUAGAAGGACCCAAAAGCUUCAGGAUCAUGUGGAGCUCUUUGCAGAAGGUGGAAGGUCGCUUAGUCAUCAAAAAUUUUCAUAAAAUAGAAAUAAGCAACCUUGAACUUGGACAAGAGUAUUUCUUCAGCGUGGCCACAGAAGAUGAAGAUGGCAAUUUAAGCGAAUGGGUCACUGCAACUGUCUUCACAGUUGUGCCACCACCUCGACAUUUAACAAAAGAGCACUCCGAUGCUACAUCUCUGACCUUGAAAUGGAUGGAUGGAGAAAAAAUGGAGGGAAUUCCUCAACAAUUUCUUAUAGCUGUUGAAAGUCCAGGAAAAGAGCCUCUGGUGAUACACACCAAUGAUUACUGCAAAAAAGUCUCUGAUUUAGAACCAGACACAAAGUACACCAUCUCUGUCUCAACAGUGGUGAAUGAUAGGUGCAGCGAGCCAAUUUCUAUCUGCACACGCACAGUGGUGAUGGACAGACUGACAGAUGAGGUCAGGCAGGGGUCUCUGUGGACUACGAUGUUUGCAGACAACAGUGUGGUCUGUAGUGAGACAAGGGAGCAGGUGAAGAGAACCUGGAGAGGUGAAGAGCCAAGCCUAAGGCAGGUGUUGUCAAAGAUUGGACUGGAAGACCAGUAUGACACCAAGCUCACACUUAGCACUUUCCUGGAGAUUAAUCAGUAUGAUCGAUCACAGAGGAAACCAAAAUCUGCAAGGGCAGUUCCUGAGGCCUUUUUAAAGCAACUCAUGUCGCUGAAUACAAACGCUAGAAGUGCCACAUGUGUGUCUCAAGAUGAGGACAAGUGCAAUGCUAUCAAUCUUUUGGACUUGGUAACUGCACUGUUCCUUUGUUCAGACAGUGCUCUUCAGCAGGACUUAGUCCUGAAAAUGUCACUCUGUCAGUUUGCUGUCCCGCUCUUGCUUCCAAACUCUGAAACAAAAGAAAUCACAAUGAUGCUGUGGUCUAUGCGCGACAUUGUCCGAACUUUCAGACCCUCUCAGCAGGCGUUCCUAAAGUCAUACUGUGAUGAAAGACUUGUGCUGUCUGAUAUUCCUUUGGUAUCGUUUGUCAGGCUGGGGAAAACAUCUUUGUCCAAAUCUCAGAUGUUGAACAAGUUGCUGUGCAACAAUCAGCAGAUUCAUCACACAUUUUGUCACCGUAGCAUGGCAUGUUGUGAUGUCCCCAGAAGAAUUUCAGAUGGACUGGUGGAAAUCAGCUGGUACCUCCCGUGUGGGAACAUGAAGAUAGAUAAAUUCACAGAACCAUUGGCUUUUACCAAUCUGAGAGGAGAUAUCAAGGCUUCUGAAAGACAAUUUGCAUUCCUCUGUCAGGCUUCUGCAGCUGUUUACAUCUACUGUGAUGAAUCAGAAACUAAUUACUUCAAGCAUCUGGAAGGAAAACAUCUGGAAGCAAAUAUCUUUUUGAUAAGCAGCACAAAGGGAAAAAGCUAUAGACUCAAACAACUGACUGUGAACCCAAGAUUGAAGAUGACUGAUAUUAGUCAGAUUAAAAAGACUGAUACAGAACUACUAAAGGCACUCCAGGAAUCAGUCUCUAAAAUGCUAGUAAGCCCCCAAACCAAAAAAGUGUCUUUGGCAGAUUUGGCUUACACAGCUCACUGUUGUCAGAUUCUCGUUGAUGAGGAUAGGGAUGAAUGCCAGAGUGCUUGGGAGAAUGCGAGUAAAAUCACUGCAAAGGUAACUAACAUCUCUGAAUUCAAAGACAAGCAACUGCCUUAUCAGGGAAACAUCUGGAAAGCAAUUUCAUGGGUGGAAACUGAGUGCUGGAGGCUACGUAAAGUUGGAAACAAUAACCCUGACAAUUACUGCGAGUCCAUAAAAGAAAAAGAGAAAGGGCUAAGGAACAAGCAGCGAAGUUUUGAGAUGACAACUGCAGUGGAACGCUUCCACCAUGGGAUGACAACCUCAGAGGUUCAACGCUACCAUUUUCUCAAAUGGCUGGAAAUGGAACUGGAUAACCUGUCCAGGCAUCAACUGUCAGCUCUCCAGGAUCGAUACAAAGAGCUUAGGCAGAAAUCUCUCGAGGAAACAAAAGAAAUUGUGGAAACUGACAACCAAAUUUCAGCUUGCUCUUUAAGAGUAGACCACUUUGUCAGAGAGUGUGGGCAGCUGUAUAAUAAUGUGAGUUGCCUGCCAGAAUACAGUCGUCAGAGAAAAAACAUCGAACAGCUUCCUGGACAGUGUGCUCAGAUGAUGCUUGAUGGUUUCCCUCUUGAGCUUGUUGAUGGAGAUGCAGCAAACAUCCCAAUAAAAUGGAUCAGCCAGGUACUUACUGAAUUGCACAACAUCAUGAAUUCCAGUAGCAAGCUUAAGGUCAUCACAGUCAUUGGAGCUGAAAAUUCAGGUAAAUCAACUUUGCUCAACACCAUGUUUGGGGUCAGGUUUGCUGUCAACGCGGGUACAUGCACCAGAGGGGCAUUCAUACAGCUGAUCAGUGUCAGUAAAGAUAUCAGGAAAGAGCUGGGCUGUGACUGCAUCAUGCUCAUUGAUACAGAGGGCCUGAAGUCACAUCGGAUGGUUCGUGAUGAUCACAGCCAUGAACGUGACAAAGAAGUUGCGAGCAUUGCAGUGGCACUCAGUGAUGUUGUAGUUGUCAGCAUUUCCAACGACAGCUCCAGAGAGAAAGACCUCUGGGAAAUGGUGUGUCAUGCUUUUGCAAGGCUGAAGGGUGUUAGCAAGAAGAAGCCAGUGUGUCAUUUUGUACAUACAAACAUGUAUGACAUGCCUGCUUUGGAGCAGCUGAAGAGAAGUAAAGAGCUGAUGGAACAGCUCAAUGAAAUGAUCGGAAAAGAUGUUAAAAUGAAGAAGGCCAACAUCAAUAAGCUCUCAGAUGUGAUCAAGUUUGAUCUAAACAAUUGGAGCUGGUACAUUCCUCCAGUGUGGGAUGGGACUCCACCAAUGGCUCCUGUCAAUGUUGGCUACAGUGCAACUGUCUAUACUUUGAAAAAGGUUCUAAUAAAUGACCUCCAAAAGUGCCCGGAACGAGGGGAUCUAAUUCAAUUCAUCGGGAAGGUAGAGCAAUUCUGGAAGACUGUGUAA